AGCGCUCAUAACCAACUGAAGUGUUUUUCCCCUCAUUCUGCGCUUGACCGAGGUAGGGGGUGACUUUGUAAGAAAGUUGUUUUAGUAGUUCCAAAAGCAAGGACGGAGUAACCCCAGAAGGAGACGCAAUCAAAGCAGAGAGACUGGUGUGAAUGCUCUCGUCUGUGGCAGGGGUAAUUUGCCAGUGUAAACCAGCUUGAAGCUUGUCCCAGAGGUAUUAAACACGAGUAGGUGGUGCAGAGAAAUCCAUUCAUCAAAGCAAGCUUCUGCAGCGUGGAACACUGGUGCUGCUGACCUGGAUUACUGCACAAGGGGCUCGGAGCAACAAGGUACCAGUUUUAAGCUACAACAGAGCAAGGAUCAGAGCGACAUUGUGUACUGUUACCGGCCAAGCCACAAACUCACAAUGGACUCCAUGAAGGAAUCUUUCUCCACUGAAGAAAAAGACUAUAUGGAUUAUUCUGAUUGGUACAUCGAUGACCGUUUGGAUCCUACUUCCCCUCCUGAGGAGUUAACACCGUGCAAUCCCGUUAUCCAGGUUGAUUUAUUUCAUAUUUGUGCGGCGGGAGUCUCUGUUCUGGUACUGGUGUUCCUGUCCGUCUUUGUGAAGCGGAGACAGCUGUGCAGGGAUUGCUGCGGUGGAGUUCCGGGCCUGUUACAUCCAGCUGGUUUCCUUGAGAGUGAUUGCCACCGAGGCAUUGCUGCUGCUGUGUUUGGAGUGCUCUUCUCCUCCCUGUGUGUUGUCGUCAUUGAUAGCAAUCCUCUACCCAUUGGCCUGGACUCCUCCAAGGACACCAAAGAAUACUUGAAGAUUGCUGCAUUGCUUUACUACCCUGCUCUGUACUACCCCCUCCUUGCUUGUGCCACAGUAAAAAACAAAGCAGGUUACCUUCUUGGAAGCUUCCUGUCCUGGCUACACUGUGGCGUUCUCAUCUGGCAGAAAUUGGAAUGCCCUUUAUCAGCACAGAUCUAUAAAUACUAUUCCUUGCUGCGAAGCCUCCCCCAGCUCCUAUGCCUCGUGUUUUUAAGCAUCAUUUACCCUGUCUUGCUUGUGAGGAAUGGCAAGACUUCGCACUGGUGUCAAGCUGGUGAAUACUACACAGAUUACCUGAAACACUUGCUGAGGAAAAGAACAUCCAAGAGCAGUGCCUGCACAAACAAGCAAAGACUCUCAUCCAAAAUAGGGACUUUAAUGCGAUCUUACAUCUACAUACCAAUGAAAGGAUUCCGAAUUCCACCAAAGCUAAUUGUGGCGAUGAUGGUGGCUCUGGUUACUGUCUACCAGGUUGCCCUUCUGCUUGUAGUCACUGUUGUCCCAAGCCUACAGAAGAUGCGAGCUGGAGUCCGUGAAGAGAUAUCCUACGUGCUUGAGGGAUUUGGAAUCAAACUUUCCGAUAAGAGGAGUGAAACUCUCAAAAUUGUCAAAUAUUUCUUUUGGAUCUUUGAAGUCUGCUAUGUGUCUGCCAUCACUGUUUCCUGUUGUUUCAUCCUCCUCAUGUUAAUGAAGUCAAUGGUUUUGCACAGAGAAAAUCUGAAGGCCCUCUAUCGAGGAGAUUCACGCAAAGUCUUCAAUGUCCAAAAGCGCAUCAGACCCUCUCAGUCUACUGUUGUCAGUUGGAUGAGCUUCACCAGUUACCAGGCUGCAUACAUCUCUUUAGGGCUCGUCAUACAAGUCGUGGUGUUAUACUUGUGUUUCCUCCUAUUUUCCUUUCUUAUCAUCGUCCCAUUGCUCAACGGGCAAAAACUGCUUCUCUUCAAGGUCCUAGAGAACAUGUGGCCCUUUUGGUUGGCUUUGUUUGUGGUCCUGGUUGUUCAACACUUGUUGGCUCGGUUUAUCUUUCUGCAGAAGGAUGGACAAAGCCUGAGCAUCACUAACAGACGAAGCCUAUAUAUCUUCACAUACUUGUUGUUUAUGUUCAAUGUCUUGAUUGGGUGUAUUGCCGGAGUGUGGCGGAUAAUCAUCACAGAGACCUUCAACAUCAUUCACUUCUGUAGACUGGAUCUGAGCCUUCUAAACCGUGGUGUGGAAUCAUUAGACCCAGGCUAUCGGUGUUACACAGGCUUCCUGUUGGUAGAGGUCAGCCAGUCCCAUCCGCUGAUGAAAGUCUUCUGCGCUCUCCUCCUUCAGUCCAAGAGCCUGCCGUUAAGUGGAGGUGACAACAGGAAAAAUGAAGAGGAAGGGAUUCAGUUGGUGCCCCAUCAGACGUCCAAGAAGACGGCGAAGUCCAAACGCAUUCGAGCAAGAUGGUCCCUGAUGUUCACCCUCCUGAACAAUCCUGCGUUGAUUAGUUCCCGGAGGGCAGCAGUUUGCACAUCUAAUGAUCUGGUUACCAAUGGGGAACUUAGCGCUGCCUGCAAGCAGGCCCCAGAUGACCUUGUUAAAAUUGAGCUAUGCCAAAAGGAAUAGGGUCGUGUAAGAAUCUGGUGAUGCAAAUAAUCUAGACCAGCAAGUUGGUUAAAAAUCUUGUGUAUAGGUUGCGAACUUGUUUAUAGGGGGCCUCUAUUUCCUGUUACAACUUCUGGAUUGAUUUCCUGACAAAGUUUGGUGUAAUUACAGGGACAGACCACUAGGUAGCUCAGUGGGCUGUUUCUGAACUCCCUCAAAUCUGCCAUAUUCAAUAUUGUAAGGAACAAUAUGUCGUCAUUUACUGACCGAUUUGUCAAUAUUAGGGUGAUUUAUUAGUGGUUGCAAAUUUCCAGUAUGCCUUUAAUUUAAAUGAGAACAGUAAAUGCUGGAAGUACUCAACAGGUCACAUCACACCCAGGGGAAGAAAUGUUAACUCUUUCUCUUCCCACUGAUGUGGCCUGACCUGAGUAUUUCACCAUUCUUAAAUUUCAAACAUCUGCAGUUGUUUUGAUUUCUUUCUAGCUGUCAGAUUUUGUGAAUUAAGGUGGGCCAGUUUGAAGUUGUUUACAAUGAUGUUGCCAAGGAGGUAUAUCGAACUGUGCCAAUGUUGCCUCUUAUAGGUAUACUUAUUUUAAAAUAUAAAGCUUCAUUUUAUUUUUGAAUCUGAUAAUGUACAAAAUUGAAAUCUUUUUAAAGUACCAAAAAUUAUGAAAAAUUUGUGAAUUUCUCACUGUUAGUCUUAAUUUUUAAAAUAAAUGCGUUUAAUCCACACACUUGAACAUGUACAUAUGAUA